AUGAAGUUCCCCCUGGGCCUGGGGGCGCGGGAGUGGAGAGUGUCCUGGGCGCGGGCGGCGGCGGCGGCGGCGGGCCGGGGGGCUGGCGGCGGGGCGCCGGCUCAGCACCGUGCACGCCCGCGGCCCCGGCCCGGCUCUCGGCUCGCGCGCGGCCGCCCUCUAUGCCUCUCCCGCGGCGGCGGCUGCCGAGCUCUCCCGUCCCGCGGGCCCAGCCCCGGCCGCCCCGGCGCCAGGCAGCUGGCGGGCCCGCGCGCCAUGGAGCAGACGUACGGCGAGGUGAACCAGCUGGGCGGCGUGUUCGUCAACGGACGGCCCCUGCCCAACGCCAUCCGCCUGCGCAUCGUGGAGCUGGCGCAGCUGGGCAUCCGGCCCUGCGACAUCAGCCGGCAGCUCCGCGUCUCCCACGGCUGCGUGAGCAAGAUCCUGGCGCGCUACAACGAGACGGGCUCCAUCCUGCCCGGGGCCAUCGGGGGCAGCAAACCCCGCGUCACCACCCCCAACGUGGUCAAGCACAUCCGGGACUACAAGCAGGGCGACCCCGGCAUCUUCGCCUGGGAGAUCCGCGACCGGCUGCUGGCCGACGGCGUGUGCGACAAGUACAACGUGCCCUCGGUGAGCUCCAUCAGCCGCAUCCUGCGCAAUAAGAUUGGCAGCUUGGCGCAGCCCGGGCCCUACGAGACCGGCAAGCAGCCGCCGCCCCAGCCGGCGCUGCCCUACAACCACAUCUACCAGUACCCGUACCCCAGCCCCGUGUCCCCCACUGGCGCCAAGAUGGGCAGCCACCAUGGGGUCCCCGGCGCCGCAGGCCACGUCAGCAUCCCCCGCUCUUGGCCCUCGGCGCACUCAGUCAGCAACAUCCUGGGCAUCCGGACGUUUAUGGAGCAAACAGGGGCCCUGGCCGGGAGCGAAGGCACCACCUACUCCCCCAAGAUGGAAGACUGGGCCAGUGUGAACCGCACCGCCUUCCCGGCCACCUCGGCAGUGAAUGGGCUCGAUAAGCCAGCACUGGAGGCGGACAUUAAAUACACGCAGUCCGCCUCCAGCCUCUCGGCAGUGGGCGGCUUCCUCCCAGCCUGCGCCUACCCGGCCUCCAGCCAGCAUAGCGUGUACAGCUCGCCCGCCGGGGGCUACCUUGCCCCGGGCCCGCCCUGGCCGCCCACACAAGCUUCCCCGCUGGCGGCCCCAGGGGCCAGCCUCACGGUGCACAGCGGGGACCUCGCAGCAGCGAUGACCUUCAAGCAUCCCAGCCGAGAAGUGGUCGAUCGGAAGCCGCCCAGCCCCGGCGGCAAGGCCCCGGACAGCCUCAGUAGCUUACACGGACUGCCCAUCCCGGCCUCCACUUCCUAG